AUGGCGGCCAAGCGCAAUAUUGUCGGUUUCCGCUCGUGGAUGGCACCAUUGUCACGGCUCCGGCCAAUAUUGAGGAGAAUAAACUGGUCCUGA